CAAUACAUCUGCAACUGUGUGCCGAUCACGAUCGCGCGGGCUCGGACAACUCCGGUGGUCACCCGGGCGCGUUACCGCUUCGGGCGCGACACCAGCGAGGCGACUAGGGCCAAGCGGCACCCCGGCGUAUACUCUAUAUAAUGUCAGACUCACACCACAUCCAGCAGCAUGUCGACAGCACAGUCUUGCAACGGAGACGUCCUCCUCCAGCUAUUCCCUCACCUUUCCUCUGCUGAUCUCGCCCAAACAGCUCUUGUCUGUCGCACCUGGUCAGCUCCAGCAUGCAUGACGCUCUACCGCUCCAUCGUGUUCGACAUCAAUUCACCUCAGCUCGCCUCGCUGACCUGGACACUGAACACAUGCCCCCAACUGCGGGAAGCCAUCCGACACCUCGUCUACAAGACCUUUUCGCGCAACCUGAACCCUGGCUUCGAGCACCUCCACUGGCUUGCACAGCUCCCAGAGCACAGUCUGAGGACAUUCCACCUUGAUUACCAGAUAUCCUUCACAUCUGGAGACAUCCUACGCUGCCCUGCCGUGCGCACCGCCCCAACGCUUGUCCUCCAUAUUGAUCCGCAAACCAUAGACGCAUGGGAAGCGGCGCGCAGUCUCGUUCGCAGCCCCUACUUGCGCUCUCUCUCGGUUGGAAUGAGACUCCAGGCAUGGCUACAAAUCCCUGCUAGUCCCAAUAUGCACACACUCUCUCUCCAUCUCAGCCGGGCGGACUACCGGUGGAAGUUCCAACCAGUCAUCACUGAUCCGUGUGUAAGGCUCGACAGGUUCGACGUGUACGUGCGGAAGCCGGUGUUGCAACCGCUUAAGACGUACAACCUCAUGCAAGAUCUGCGGCAGUAUCAAGCUGGCCUCAAACACCUCUCGUUCCUCAAUUACGAUUGGGACAGUCUGUGCGAGCCGGCGCUCAUCGACGAGAGCCUGUCGUCAUUCCCGCGCCUGGAGACACUGGUGUGCAGCGUGCCGGUGUCUACUCCAGAACUCCUCAUGCGUCUGCCACCGACAGUGCGCUCUGUGACGUGCAUGGGAUAUCGUUGCGCCGAACUCCGUGGCGAAGCAUUCACGAAAGCUGUUUGGGACCACCAUGACAGUGUCAAGCAGGGCACAGGCCGGCGGUGGCUUCUAGAGAGCCUGACCAUGAUCGAUAUGGGGCUGUGCAGCGGGAAUAUUGCAAGGCCAAUUCAGAAAGACUUGGUACCGCAAUUGCAGAUGAUGGAUGAGCUUGCGAAGGUUUGCGCAGAGGCGGGGAUCAUGCUUGAAUGGAUUGGGGGCAAGGACUACUUACAGUAUGAUGCUGUAAGGACCAAAUGUCCCCUGACGGCAUUCCUCCAGUAGCACGACGCACGUCUGUGGCACGGUUGCAAUAUUAAUGGCAGAUGCAACUGCAUGUCAAGGCCCCGAUGUCUCUGCUGAAGCUGGGUAUCGCUUCACCUUUUGUUGUGAGUACAAUCAGGGCAGCAGACUCGGGA